CCUGCAGUACUGCGCAUGUUCCACACCACAAUGGCUCAACCAGGAGAGAAGCGGAAGCGGGAAGAUGAAGUUGAGAAUGGCGGGGCCGGGGAUACUGAGCCCUCACUCGGAACAGAACACCCACUCUCCGGGUUCCAGCUCCAGAGCGUUCUGAGAGAAUCUGCGAGGGACAAAACGAUCUUUCUGCACGGACAGGUGAGCGGUGAGGGGCAGAUUGCUGAAGAUGCAGUGGUCAUCCUGGAGAGGGCGCCCUUUCAGGCAGAUACAGUCUCUCGCCUCCUCGGCAAUAAUCCUGAGCUGAAGCUUCAGUUAAAGAACGACAUCUACAGCGUUUACCAUCUGAAUCCGCCACCUGAGCUGAAUGAAGUGAAAACCACAAUCAUCCGACCUGCAACUGAAAAACAUGUCAAGAAAUAUUUGCGUCAGGAGCUUUACCUUAUUCAGGAAACCGGGGAGGAUUAUAAGAACAUCACUCUCCCCUUCAUCGAGUCCCAGAGCUUCAGCAUCCAGUGGGUCUACAAUAUCCUGGAGAAGAAAGCGGAGGAGGACCGAAUUGUCUAUGAGAAUCCAGAUCCAGCGGUUGGCUUCAUCCUUCUACCCGACUUCAAAUGGAAUCAGAAACAGGUAGAUGAUCUGUACCUGAUCGCCAUCUGUCACCCGCGUGGCAUCAAGUCCUUACGAGAUCUUAAUGGGGAUCAUCUGCCACUGCUGAAGAAUAUCCUUCAUGAGGGACAGGCAGCUAUAUUGAAGCGGUACAACGUCGAGGGUAACCAGCUCCGGAUCUAUCUUCAUUACCAACCCUCAUAUUACCACCUACAUGUGCAUUUUGUAGCUCUGGGGCAUGAGGCACCGGGGAUCACUGUGGAGCGCGCCCAUCUCCUGAGUGACGUCAUACAGAAUCUAGAGUUGGACACUCAGUACUACACAAAGCGUGCCCUGACCUACGCCCUGCGGGCAGACGAACCACUGCUGCAAAAGUUUAAAGAAGCUGGGAGAUGCUGAGAAGGUGUUUUUAUGUAUUUUUUUUUAAUUUUUUUUAUUUUUAUAGUUGACUUUUUUAAAAUAAAAAAAAUUCAUUUUUAUUUUUUAAACCUUCAAAUCUUCUAAUAGUUUUUGUUUCAGUGAUGACAUCACACGUCUGAGCCACUGUCUGGUCAGUCAUGUACCUCUUCUGACAUGUCUCUUUUAGUUCGCCUUCAUAAUAUAACCGCUUUGGAUCAUCUUUUCUUAGCAUUCCACCUUGUAUACUGUUCUUCUGUUAUUCCUUCUAGAAAUGUUGAAUAAAUUGACAGCUGGGUGUUCCUUACAUAGCCUGACAGUGUUUAGUCGGUGCUGUAGGGACUCGCCUCUUUUAUAAAGUGAAUGCUAAAGCACAAUUGUCAGUAUAUUAAUGUAUUUCUCGGAGGUGUAACAGAGGGACAACAACAAAUUAUAAGAAAAUUGUUGUUUGAAGGCAAAUUAAAAGGGUCUUCUGAGACUUUAGAAGUGAUGACCUCUUAUUUUUUUGUGAUGAGACUGUGAUUUUAAUCACAGCUUCAGUCCAUAUGAAUACAUUCAGUUGAAUACAAUCUUGUGGACUGCAGUUGUCAUUCAAUACAAAGUUACAGUGUGGCCCAGGCCUUAAAGUUCUCAUGUGUUUUUAUUUUUUUAAUUUUUUUUUGUAAAUUGAAGACAAUAAACUGGUGAAUUUUAACAGGAAUGUCCCAAUAGCUAAAUUGCCUCUUCAGAUUAAAAGAAACCUCUCUCCUCCUCCAGCUGCAGAUGUGGAGCAGCCAGAAUUGCUGGGUGUAACCUGCAGCUUUUAGGUUUUUGUAAAUGUCCAUGUUGUCUCUCCACGCCUGCCGAGUGAGCAAGCUCUUCCAGAAUCAAUGUCGGCGCUUUCCUAUGUGCUGUGAACCAAGCAAAUGUGUCCUGGUUAUCUCCAUCCCUUCAUACGGUUUAGGGUCCAUUCACACGUCCGUAGUGUAUACACCCGGCCGGCACCCCCAUAGAACUGCAAUCGCGGACAAGAAUAGAACAUGUUCUAUUUUUUUCGGGGGCCG